AUGGGUGGACGCUGGACAGAUGAUGACGACACGCACGAGCGACACACAGACACAAACAAGCUCACAUGCACGGGACUGGUGCGCUGGGGCACUAACACAGAUCCGACGCCGGGCGCGCGGUGCAGCCUUCACCUCCUGGAGAAGGCGCCCGACGCCAUCGGCUGCAGCGAUGUGCAGAAUGUUCUGCUGUGGGCGCUGCACCCGGAGCUGGGAAGCAUGCCGGGCUGGGUGCUGGUGCGUAACCGGCCGCUGAUUCACGGCGCGGUCGUCAUCCUCGUCCCCGGGCUGGACGCAGGAGCAGUCCGAAGCCUGCGUCUCGAGGCCGAAGGGGCAGUGCUCCGGCGGAUGCGGCCGCCAAAGUCUAGCCCGAGCCGCACGGCGGAGACGAUCGCCGCUGAGCUCAUGCGCGUGCCGGUCAAGCCUCCAAAAAAUAAGCGCAGCGCGCCGGGAGACGACGUGCCGGCGCAGGCCGCAGCUCCUCCGCCGCAGGUCGCGCCCUCCUCCGCGCCUCACCCGCAGCGGGCGGAGGGCGGCUGGUAUCAGUCGUACGUGCAGCAGUUCUCGCUCACCGAGGCGGAGUUGCGCGAGAACGGCUACCCGGCCGUGAUCGCACCGGGGGCUGGGCAGAGCGUUGCUGAGGUCGCGUCCGCCGGAGCGGCGGAGGCGGCAGAAGCGCCGAGCCGCUCAUCGAUAGGCACCCAGACCGAUGCAGCGGUGCCGAUGGCGCUCCGGCCUCUGCUCGACGAGGUCAUCGUGCCCGAGAGGUACGUCACCGACCACCUCACCGCCUACAGUGGCAUCACCCCGGAGAUGCUCGCCGCCGCCACGACGACCGCCUCCGCUGCGCGCCGCGUGCUCGACACGGCGCUGCUGUACCCGCUCCGGUACAACCUUCAGGGCGCGCCCGCCAAGAGCUCGCUGCGCGCACUCACCUGGCGCUUCCUCAAGCGCCAGAUCCAGACUGGCGCACGAGGCCACGACCCCACCGAAGACGCCGCCGCGGCGAUGGAGCUCGCCCAGCUCAAGCUGCGGCAUGGCGCGCGCUUUGGGCUGCCCGGCAGCGAAGCGGGAGGCACCUACGCCUCCCUGCUCAGCUCGCUCGCAAAGGCAGGCUGGGGCUGCUCUGCGCUCGAGCUGCUCGACGAGAGCGGCGCGAGGCGCGUCGAGGUCGACAGCGACGAGGCGGGCAUCGCCUACGCGGCGGCCGAGCUGAGCGAGCCGCGCCGCUUCGUCUGGCUGCCCCUGCGCGAGCUCGCGAGUGCCGAGGCGACCGCCGACCAGACGUCGCGCGCCGCCGCUCUCGAGACGCUCCGCUCGCGCCUCGCCGAGCUGAUCGCCGCCGCCCCGCCAAACACGCUCGUCGCCGUCGUCGGGUGCGGCGCUUCGGCCGGCGGGGGCGCCACCGGCGGAGCCGACAAGCCGUCGCCCUCUGCCACCUCCCGACCCUUGGGUUGCGUCGCUUUGACGGUCGUCUCAGGGCGGGACCCCGUCAGCCGCGGGACACUCAAAGAACAAGCCUUCAAAAAGGCGAAGAAGUAUUUCGAGGACUUCGAGGUCUGGUCGCCACGCGCCCUACUGGUCUCCUGUUAA